AUGGCCGUCGCCACCAAUCCCGACGGCCCGCUCGGGUUCCUGCACAAGAACCCCGUAUAUUCCGGUCUUUCAGAUGUCUACAAUGCAUUCCAAGAAAGGAGGGCAAAACUUGGCCUGUCAAAUCCUGGGCAGGUAGAAAACAUUGCCAAGGAGGUCCAGCGCGAUGUUCUUACGACGAACUUGAUGUUCUCUGGUCUCCGAGCCGACCUGACAAAAGCGUUCAGCUUCAGCCCUCUGUUUCAAGUAUCUCAUCAGUUUGCCAUGGGCGAGCGGUUGAGUCCUUACACGUUCGCUGCGCUUUAUGGUACUAGCAAGGUGUUCGCCCAAGGAAACAUCGACGACCAGGGUGCGCUUUCGGCUUCCUUCAACUGGAGGUGGAACGAUUCUUUUAUUACCAAAUCGCGCUUCCAGAUCACCCCCGGUGCCACCGGCCAGGACAUGGCCCAGUUCGAGAACGAAUAUCAGGGCAGCGAUUUUACUGCCAGCCUGAAGGGCCUUAACCCCUCUUUCCUCGAGGGCGGUCUCACCGGCAUUUUCAUCGGUCAAUACCUUCAAUCCGUUACUCCCAAGCUUUCUCUCGGUCUAGAGGGUGUUUGGCAACGCGCUGGCCUUACCCAAGGCCCAGACACUGCCCUCUCCUACGUCGCUCGGUACAAGACCGACACCUACAUUGCAAGCGCUCAGCUGCAGGCUCAGGGUGCCCUCAACGCCUCGUACUGGCAACGCCUAUCGGACAAGGUCCAAGCUGGUGUUGAUAUGACCCUUUCUGUCGCCCCCAGUGGUGCCAUGAUGGGUGGUCUCGCCAAGGAGGGCGUCACCACAUUUGGUGCCAAGUACGACUUCCGCAUGUCUACUUUCCGAGCGCAGAUCGACUCCACCGGGAAGCUGAGCUGCCUGCUCGAGAAGCGUGUUGCUGCCCCCGUUAUGAUGACCUUCGCCGCGGACGUGGACCACCUGACGCAACAAGCGAAGAUUGGUGUCGGCAUCUCGAUCGAGGCCGGUGGCGAGGAGCUCCAGGAGCAGCAGGAGGCCCUGGGUGCCCAGCCUCCUCCCAACAUCCCCUUCUAG